AUGGGCGAAGCCGAGAGCUCGGCCGGGGCGGCGGCGCUGGCGGCGGCGGGGACGGACGUGAGGCCCGCUUGCCCCGCGGCCGGCGCCGUGUCCGUGUCGGCCGUGGCCGAGCCCGUCCUGCAAGCGGCGGCGUCUGAGGAGGAGGCGGCGGCGGCGAGCGUCUCCUCGGCGGCGGCGGCGGCGGCGAUGGCAACCGCGGCGGCCCCGCCGCCGCCUCCGCCGCCGCUGCCCGUGGCGCCGCCGCUGCCCGUGGUGUGGAGCCCCGAGGUGGAGGUGUGCCUCUUUCACGCCAUGCUGGGCCACAAGCCCGUCGGUGUGAAUCGCCAUUUUCACAUGAUCUGUAUACGAGAUAAGUUUAGUCAGAAUAUCGGAAGGCAGAUUUCUUCCAAAGUCAUUUGGGACCACUUGAGCACCAUGUAUGACAUGCAGGCACUGCAUGAAUCUGAGAUUCUUCCAUUUCCCAAUUCGGAGAAAAAUUUCAUCCUUCCUGAAGAAAUUAUUCAAGAGGUAAAAGAAGGUAAGGUGAUGAUUGAAGAUGAUGUGAAAGAAGAAAUAAAAGAAGAGAUGGAAUCACAUGCAGGUCCUGAAGAUGUGUAUGCAUCUCUGGGAAGCCUGGCAAAAGCAGCAGAAAAACCAAGCAAUAAAGAGAAAGAGAGGAGCUCUUCUGAAUCUGGAUCCAAAGAAGGCGCCGAUAAGAGAAAGCGGAACCGAGUCACUGAGAAAGUCUUAAAUGCAAAUAGCAAUCCUUCUAGUCCAAGUGCUGCAAAACGGCGCAGAACAUAAGCAGUGCUGAAACAAGACAGGACCAUGGGUAGAAAAAAUGUUUGCAGAGUCUGCUUAGCAUAAAGGGAAAAGGGGGUGAUAACAGGCUUUGUACAGUAAGGAUGAGUUUGUCUCCUGUCAGAACAGAAGGCUUGCUGGUCAGCAGAAAGGAGCUAAACAGUGCCUUUAUCCUCAGAAUUUUGGGACGAGAGGAAGACUGGCAGCUUUGCAACCUGUGUGUUUGCUAAGUAAAUCCAGAAGUGGCAUUCUUUUACAUGCUGUAUUUACAGACUUCAUAUUAAACCUCAGUCCUGGAACUACCAUUUGUGGAAAUGAGGCUGAACGGCUGAAUUCAUCUGCAUUACUAUUGUGUGUGGUGUUACAGUUUCUAAUUUUGGUGAUCACAGUAGGGUUGCAGUCAGCCGUGUUCAUCUACCUGCACAACAGACGCCACUGGCAGAACCAAUUCUGUCUCCCCGUUGCAACCUGCCAAAUUUGCUGUGAAUGGUUGCAGAAUCCUCCUGAACAGAUAGUAGGAGUGGGCGGGGGAGGCACAGAGGGCUGCCGAUGGAGAAGAGGGGGCCUGUUGCACGGGGUAGGCAUUCUCACAUGACACUGGAUAAUAGCUAUAGUGUCUUAGUGGAUUAUUGGUCUCUGCGAAUUCAUGGUAUUAAAUGCCAGUAAACAUUACAAAAAUGUGACAUACAAAAUACAGAUGAUCUGCAAAUGAAGACAAAGCAUUCUUUGCUUCAAUUAUGAUCCAUUUUGUCUCCUGGAAACACAGUUUCCGCUUGUUUGGGGAGAAGAGCUGCCAUUAAAAACAAAAAGUAUAGAUAUAAUGACGUUAAACAUCUUUAAUGGUGUAUUAAGCAUCUUUUAUAGUGUGUUGAAUGCUUAAUGUUAAAUACUCUAUGUAUAAGGGAAGAUUCAAGCACAAACUGGUAAGAGCAGGAGAAACGGGUCCUUGCCGUAUUGUAUGAAUUUCUCCCUUGCAGAGUCGCAAGUGUAGGUACUUCCAUUAAAGUCAGAAAUCACUUGAAUGGGAGGCAUUUGCCUGAGAUGAUAAUAUAAAUCGUAUUUUGUAUUCAUUAUUUAAUUUCUUUUUUUUACAAAGCUUAAUUUUUGCCAGGAGUGCUUACAUGGCUUUAACAUUGAAAAUUGCAACUUCCUCAAAUGAUUCUACUUCAAAAAUAGUUUUAAAUGUUUGGGAUGUAUAUGCAAACUCAUUAAAAACUGAUGUGGAUGAUCAGAAAUAAAAUUGCUCCGUCCUGUUUUGGUGCAGUUGAAAAACCUAUAUUUUAUAAGGAAAACAAAACAAGCAGAGGAAUGAUGAUGGCUAAACACCUACCCAUUAAUACUUCUGUGUUUAUCUUGGCUACUCAAUAAAAGAGAUCUGUCCCAUGUUA